AUGACUACUCCAUUAAGGCUAGUCUUGCCUCCUCUUGGCCUCACCAGUGCCACCACCACACCCAUUGCCUCCUUUUCAUUUUCUCCCUCCAAACUCCCAAUUCUGUUCCAUUUUCUCACUUCCCCCAGUCCGAAUUCCUCCAACCCCUUCAUUUUCUCCCCUUCUCUUGCUCUCCAUAGAUGUUUCCCAGAGAAAAGAUCCACUCUUUCGUCAAGGCAGAUGUGGCUUUGUGGAUAUAUGAGAAGAGAUCAGGACAUGGAUAGUUCAAGAAAUGAUGAGGUGAAUGGGGUGCAUAUGUUUGGUUCUGAUGAUGAGGUGUUCACUCAAGUUCCAACCCAAGCCCAAUCUGUUGUGGAAGGAUCAGGGUCAUUGCUGGUAUCAGGGUAUAAACCAGUCACUGAUAUGGAUUAUCUGCAGGAGUUAUUGGCCAUUCAACAAGAAGGGCCAAGAGCUAUUGGCUUCUUUGGGACACGAAAUAUGGGAUUCCUGCAUCAAGAACUUAUCGAGAUCCUGAGCUAUGCUAUGGUUAUAACUGAAAACCACAUUUAUACAUCAGGAGCAUCUGGGACGAAUGCGGCUGUUAUAAGAGGUGCUUUGAGAGCAGAGAAACCAGAACUGCUUACUGUAAUCUUGCCUCAGAGUUUGAAAAAGCAACCUCCCGAAAGCCAGGAACUGCUGUCUAAAGUGCAGAAUGUGAUAGAGAAGCCUCACAAUGAUCACCUUCAUCUGAUAGAAGCCAGCAGGUUGUGUAACCUUGACAUCAUUACUUGUGUACAGCAAGUCAUUUGCUUUGCCUUCCAUGACAGCAAGUUGCUGAUGGAAACAUGUCAAGAGGCCAGAAACCUCCGAAAAAUUGUGACUCUCUUCUACCUGGAUUGAGAACCAAUGCGCUCCUCUGCUCGAUACAUCAAUUUCCAUACACAGAGACGAAGAAAGGUGUUCUCUUUGUUGCUUUGUUCGGUUUUGUAUGUAAAUUAGGAGCCAUCUUUCUUUGGAGAUUGUUUCAAUUUGUCUGUAAAUGUAGGAACCAUCUUUAUAUUGCAGAUUGUGUUAGUGACAAAGAGGGCCCAUUAGCUCUUCUUCCUAUCAUUGGGGGGGAUAAAGAUAGUGGUUUAAUUUAAAAGGAAAGGAAGGAAAUCUUAGAAAUGUGUUCAUACUAUGAUGCAUUCAUAUCAUAGUAGAUGUGAUAUUUAAUAAUUACAUGACACCCUUUUUUUCCUGGCCCUGGAGUGUAGCUUAGUGGAAGUGACCUUUGGCAAUGAAUCAGAGAUCUCGAGUUUAUAUUGAAGUGGGUCUAGGAUACAAGGAUAGAAGGUUGGGUUCAUAUCAUCAAGGAUUUGCUUCGCUAGUAGUUGAGAUUAAUACCUGGUUGGGGUGGAUUCUUGUUGGAUGAUUACAUGGCAUGGUUAUGAAGGGCAUCACCAAAUAGGGUCUUAUCAUAAAUGUCUUUGAUUUUACGUAGGUAUUUUAUUUAGGGUUUGAUUUUCAUAAGGUUGCUCGACUUUAUUUUCAUUUUCUAGUCAUUUUAUUAUUAUUUGGCUAUUGAUAUAUAGAUAUAUAU